AGAAGAAAGCGAACGAAGAAGCAGCGGCAGCAACAGUACGUCGCGUCACGAGUUUUUCCCGUGUGGACUCUGCAUGUGUGGCUGUGUAUGUCGCCUUCCGUCCUUAACUAGUUUGUUUCACUUCCCUCCGCUCGCAUCCUCACACGGCAGCAGAAUGGCGGCGGCGGCGCCCAACCCGGAGGACCCGGCGAGGGGCGGCGGCGGCAGCGGCAGCGGCCCGCCCAGCGCCCUGGCGGCGGACGGGGACGCGGAAGAGGCCGAGGACUUCGUCUCCUCCUCCCACUGCUCGGAGCUGUCACGGCGGCAGAACGAGCAGCGGAAGCAGGGUUUGUUCUGUGACGUGACGCUGGCCUUCAGCAGCGGGGCGGCCACCGGCAGCGUCCAGAGCUGCGAGUUUUCAGCCCACAGGUCGGUGCUGGCCGCGGCCACCGACUACUUCACCCCCCUGCUGGGAGGACAGUUCUCGGAGUCCCUGACCGGACGGGUGGAGAUGAAGGAAUGGAGUUCCGAGCUUGGGCCGGAUCCGGAGACGGUGGAGAGCGUCAUCCAGUACAUGUACACGGGAGAAAUCCGCGUCAGUACCUGCAACGUCCACGAAGUCCUGGAGCUGGCUGAUCGGUUUCUGCUGCUGCAGCUGAAGGAUUUCUGUGGUGAGUUUCUGAAGAAGAAGCUGAGCCUGACCAACUGUGUGGCUGUGCACAGCCUAGCCCACAUGUACACUCUGGACCAACUGGCAUUACGCGCCGCCGACAUGAUCCGGCGCAACUUCCACAAGGUUAUCCAGGACGAGGAGUUCUACACGCUGCCCUUUCACUUGGUACGUGACUGGCUUUCAGAUGCCGAGAUCACAGUGGAUUCAGAGGAAGUUCUGUUUGAGGCCGUGGUGAAAUGGGUGCAGAAGAACUCAGAGGAGCGAAGUCGAUACUUUGAGGAGCUUUUCCGUCUUUUGAGGUUGUCGCAAAUCAAACCCACCUACCUGACCAGGUUGGUGAAAAAUGAGCGGCUGGUGGCCGCCAAUGAGGCUUGCCUCAAACUUGUGUCAGAGGCUGUUGAGGGCCAUGCCACUCGGUUCGAGAACCUCAAAUCAGCUGAUAUGGAGUUGUGGUCUGCCCACAUGGCCUCUUUUCAGCCUCGUUAUGGCCAGAACAUGGAUGUUAUCAUGGUGGUCGGUGGAGUGUCAGAGGGAGGUGACUACCUGAGCGAGUGUGUGGGCUACUUCAUUUACGAAGACCGCUGGGUCAACCUGCCUCACAUCCACAAUCACCUGGACGGCCACGCCAUUGCUGUCACAGAAUCCCAUGUCUACGUAGCCGGCUCAAUGGAACCCGGCUUUGCCAAAACCGUCGAACGCUACAACCCAAAUCGUAACACCUGGGAGCAGGUGAGCAACUUGACUACACGCAAGCACUCAUUUGGCCUCACCUGCAUUAAGGAUAUCUUGUACAGCAUCGGCGGCCAUGGAAACUUCAGCCCAGGGUUCAAAGACGUGAGCAUGUACGAGCCGGAGCAGGACAAGUGGCACAAUCUGGAAUCUGCACCCAAGAUCUUGCGAGAUGUAAAGGCAGUGAGCGUGGAGGACCGCUACAUAUACGUCACUGCACGCACGCCUGUGGACACAGAUAAUGAGGAUGGUCUGAGGACGGUGACCACUCGCUACGACACCGAGAGCCGACAGUGGCAGGAUGUCGACUCCCUGCCUCUUAUUGACAACUACUGCAUCUUUCAAAUGGCCGUAGCCUCCACCAACUUCUAUCACACAGCGUCCUGCUGCCCCAAGAGCUACACAGUGAGGGACGAGGUUGCACGGCAGAAGAUCAGCUCGCGCAUAUCGGAUGACAUCCUGGAGAGCCUGCCUCCUGAAGUCACCAGCAUCGAAGGCGCUGCCAUCUGCCACUUCGACGAGGAUGUGUUCAUCACUGGAGGCUGGAAGAACAGCGACGACGUGGACAAGCAGUACCGUAAGGAGGCUUACCGCUACUGUGCGGCGAAGAAGCGUUGGAUGUUGCUUCCACCCAUGCCGCAGCCUCGAUGCAGGGCAACCGCAUGUCACGUCCGCAUCCCUUACCGCUUCCUGUACGGCUGCCAGCGCUACCCAAUGCCGCAGAACCUCGCUCGCCAGCGAGACCGCAUGCAGCAGAUGCAGCAGCUCCACCGCCGUACCCUCACGCUGCGCCGCCAGCUUCAAUCACAGAUCGAAUGCUGAGUCAAGUUGACGGCUGCUGGAUCCAAAAACUAAGCAUCAUCUGCGGCUACACAUUCCAUGGCAGCCAUCCUCAUCAACUCCCCAUACUCAUAACAUGCUGCCGCGGGUCUUGUGUUGUUUUGAAACUGGAUUUAUUGAAAUCAUUAACUGAACUCUGUGCCAUCUGAUUUGUUGUGAAAAGCUGUGAAGUGCAUAACCAGCUCUGUGCACCGAUACAAUGAAUUCUAAAAUCAAGUUUUCUGUGACAUCACAAAGCAGGCUGGGGCUAAAUGUGAAGGUGUCACAAGGAUGUCAUAAAGCCAGUUCUUAAAAUGGAAAGAAAAGUUGUCUAUAAUGAUGGAAAUUUCUAAUUUGCCCCAAAACUUGCUUCAAAUGUUCUUUUAAAUUUAAGCCACUCUCCACACAAUUCUGAUUAUUGUGUACUCAGACAUACAGGGGCAAACUCAUAGCCUCGGCCCUCCUCGGCCCAGUUGGCAGCGAUAACGUGAGCAUUCUAUAACGACCGACAGCUGAAUACCUUCUCGUUAAACCGGUUGGUGCAGCAGUGUUAAUAGGCAUGUACAUAAACGGUGUAAAGCUGUAUAUGGAUAUAUUACAUUCCGUCAUGGUGCAUUUAUCCUGGGAAGGUGAUGUGUCAUUAACAAAAAGUGCAUUCUUGCAUUCAGUCUAACUCACUUAAUGAGGUGGCAUUCCAUAGUAACACUGUGACAAUCUCUCCAUGCCAGUAUACCACUGAUCCCAAAUCACACUCUGUGGUGUUCAGACCAUUAUCUUGCUACUGUGGAGCCUCAUCAACUUUGCUUGAAUUGAUAAGGACCAAUGAUAUAGGUGUUUUAAGCUGAUACAUACGAAGAGCACUCGUGUUGCACCAUUUUCUGAACUGUAUAACCGGAGUGUUUGUGUUAGAUAGAUAUAUAUAUAUAUAUAGAUAUAUAAACUAUUCAAUUUGAUAAAAUUAAAACUGCAAAGCAAAUGGUAAAUAUUUGUAGGUGAUGUUUGUGCUUCGGUAAGGAACCAAACCAGCGUCCUUGUGAUCGUGAAUCCAGCAUCUACUGUGUACAAUAAACAAAAAAAAAAAUCAUUAUAUAUUACUGUAAAUGUUUUUCUCCUAUGCUCCCUUUGUUCUUUUACCGCAGCACCUCAGAGCAGUGCCUGUUGUAAUUUGAAGUCAAGUUUCUUUUAAUGCUACAUGAGAAUGAACAGAGAUGAGACGAAAAAUCUUUAACUUCACUCCAGUUAUAUCGUUUAGAAAAUGCUCACUAAUUAAUGUGUGCUAAUUGUACAUGUUGGGGUUAAAACAUGCGGUAUGGACCUUUUUUAAAAAUCCUUUAGUUGGAGAUUUGAGUUGAGAUUGCAGCUUCUUCUAACACCUGUGUAGAUUAUGUUGCUAUUGUUCUGUUGGUCACAAAAACACCUUAUAACUAGCAAGCUUUUUUGGGGGUGGGGGGGUGAUGGGGGGUAACUAGGGAGUUUUAUGGUCCAAAUCGGACAGUAAAACCUGGGAACAAGUCAUUCUUUUCAGUAAUUUUAAUAUGAAAACCUGUUUGAUUUUGACGAUAAUCUCCAGCUGUGGGUGAAGAUGUGAUCAUUUGUUUUGCACUUGGAGGGUUUAUCGCGUUGCUGCAUUUGCACGCAUCCAAGAAUGAUGCACUGUGUGUGUAUAUGUGGGAGUGGGAAUGUUUGUGCAUUUAUGUUUGGUUGGCAAAAACUUAUGAACUGCACUUUUUUGACAUUUUAACCCUUAAAAAACAGUCUUACAGGAACAUCGACGUUUAGGUUGGUUGCGGUUGCACUUUUGACUUUGCUUGAAUAGUUUGUUCCAUUUCGGACAGGGUGAUUGUAUUUUGAAAAAUGUGUUGUUUCCAGGUUUCAGCCAAUGCAUUAUGAACUUCUUCGACCAAUAUGUUGUUUUUACUCAUGGUUCCAUUUCAAAAAUUAAAUGUUUAAAAAUCUUUUGUGUCUCACUUGCAGCUGGGUGUAUUUUAGAGCUCUGGUGUGUUGUCCCGUGGUCUCCUUUUGCCCCCCCCCCAAAGAUAUUUAAGAACAUCUUGAAAAGAAUGGACAAAAGGGAUUGCUGUGCGAGUUGCUGUGAUUGAUGAUCAGAUAAUCUGACUGUCCGAUACAGACAAGACCUUUUAUAGACUAAAGGCAGAAAUUCCGCUCUAUGACAAACUUGAAUAGCACUGCACAUACUAAAUGGAAUAAGCUAUAUAUUUUGCUUUGUAUGUGAUAGUCUGGCAUUGUGUCCUUAUAAUGGAUGUAAGAAAUGCUAAUGUCAUCACUUGCAAUUAAACAUGUUUUGUAAAA